CAAAUUCGUUGAUGGUAUGAGGACUGAAUUGAAUACUUAUUUAUGACAUCGUGGCACCACGAAAUUCGUUAGCACAAGUUUUUACUAGCUUACUGAGAAAUAGGAUUUCCUAUUACUCUGCAUAUGUUGUUUCAUAUUUCUUACAAACUAACUAUUUGUGAAUUUUCGGACUUUCCAUGAAUCAAUUACAAUCAGAGAUUCAAACGUGUCACAAGUCACUUACUUCCUCUUGACUAUUUGUGUGGAUAAAAUAUUUAUUUAUUUGUUUAAUUAUUUCAUCAUGCUGAACAACGCGAUAUCACCUUUGCAGGAGGUUAAAAAGAUGGAUUACAUAGUUAACCUGAGACAAGUUUAUUCAGACUCUGAAUCAAAUGUUCCCGCCAUUAUAGUUCGAAACGCAAAAAAAUCAUAUAGAAAUGGAGAGCCUGUGCUAAAUAAUUUAAACAUGCGCGUGGCUACUGGAUCAAUCUAUGGACUUUUGGGUGCCAGUGGUUGCGGAAAAACCACACUGUUAUCGACAAUAUGUGGACUAAGGCAUUUGGACAGUGGUACAAUCAAAGUAUUCGGUCAUCAGCCAGGAACCUUGAACUCUGAAACAAUUGGUAUGAUGCCACAGGAUGUGGCUUUGUAUACCGUGUUCACAAUAGAAGAAAUUUUGCAUUAUUUCGGACGACUUUACUCCAUGACCUCAGUAGAAGUGAAUGCUCGGAUAGAAUUUCUAACAACGUUUUUGGAACUACCGGAGCCAAAAAAGUUGAUUAAGAAUCUCAGUGGUGGGCAACAGCGUCGUACGAGUCUAGCAAUUGCAAUGCUACAUUCGCCAAAGCUGUUACUUUUAGACGAACCUACGGUAGGGUUAGACCCCCUUCUUCGAGUAAGAAUUUGGCACCACUUACAAGAAAUUUGUUACAAACAAAAUACAACAAUACUGGUCACCACCCAUUACAUCAAUGAGGCAUCACAAAGCUCAACCGUUGGAAUCAUGAGGAGUGGGAGGCUUUUGGCAGAAAAUUCUCCUCAGACUCUCCUUCAAAUUUUUGACACACCAUUUCUUGAGAAAGUAUUUCUUAAGCUCUGUGCUGACGAUGACAAAGGCCUAGUGUCAAAUCCUCAAAUAAAUUAUGACAACUUGAAUAAAUCUCCAUUUAUCGAGCAAGAAGACAACUUGGAUGUCACGGGAGUAUCCUAUAAAUCCGGAACUGCAGAAUCCGUUGUAAAAACGGAUGGAAUCGCAUCUCCAUAUAAUUUGCACCACCCUGGACGUUCUGCAUGUAUCUCAAAUCAUGUCAACAAAGUGAUGGCCUUAAUUAUGAAGACAUUUAUUUUCUUAAUUAGAACGCCCUGGUUUGGACUUGUCGUAGUGCUAUUACCACCUAUUCAAAUUAUAAUUUUUCUCCUGAUCGUGGGGCACGAUCCGAAGAAUAUUGAUCUCGGCAUUGUGAAUGGGGAGCUUCCACAUGAAAACCUUGUAAAAUUUUGUCAAACUGCAUCAACGACGGGAUGCUUCUCAACUGAUGUCAGUUGCCGUUUUAUCAAUGCAUUUCCUCCCGAUGAAUUUCGAUGGAUUACCUACCAGUCAGAUGAAGAGGCAUUGAAAGGUGUUCAACGAGGGGAUGCCUGGGGUUUUCUAUCGAUACCGAGUAAUUAUUCGCAAAACAUGUUGGAGAGAUCCCUUCUAAAGCAAUUUGUAACGAAUUCUACACUGGAGGGCUCGACUAUUACCGGCAGACUGGAUGUAUCUUUCAACAUUAAGUCAGAUUUCAUUAAGUUCAAAGCAUACAAAUAUUUCCAAACAUUUUUGAAAGACCUGGCUGUUAGCUGUGAUUCCAAUCCUGAGCUGGUUGAUAUUCCACUUAAAUUCAGUGCCAUUUAUGGACUCCUGGACUCUACAUAUUUGCAAUACAUGCAGCCUGGAUAUUUUGCACUGACGAUCAUCCUGCUGCCGACAUCGGUAGCCCUCAAAUUUAUAAAAGAUCGCAAAGAUGGAACCCUUGAGCGCUGUGCACUCGCAGGCCUGGGCUACUCACACAUGCUAAUUGAACUCUUGAUCAGUGACGGAGCUAUUGUUUUGGCCCAGAUUUUGCUGAGUUAUGGCAUUAUGGUGAUCAGUGGGAUUACAAUUGAAGGGGUCGUUUGGCAGUUUCUACUCCUAGUGUUUCUUGUUGGCCUGGUUGGCUUGUCAAUUGGAUUUAUGGCUGGACAAGCUGUAGAUGAGGAGGCACAGGCCAUGUUUUUAAUAUUAGCCUGUUAUUUACCAUUAAUGGUCACCUCUGGCGUCUCUUGGCCUUCCGAAUCUCUGCCAAAAUUUGCCCGUUUCUACAAUUGGUCUCCAACAACUAUGCCAAUCCAUUCUUUACGCUCAAUUGCAACUCGAGGUUGGGGGAUUUUGCACCGCAAGGUUUUUCCAGGUUUUCUAAUACCAAUUUUCUGGAUAAUUGGGUUAUGUAUUGUAAGUAUUAUUAUCAGAAGGAUUCGCAAUAAAUAGCCCACGGCUACGAUAUCAAUGUUAA